AUGGAAAAGACUUUUGGUAUUGUUCCUUUAAGAUUAAAAGAUGAAAUCAAACAAAGUGCAAGACAAAAGGGUCUUCGAAUCAUGAUGACCAGUCCUAUCGAAUCAUCUUGUGAAUUAACAGAAUUGAUUCAAAUAAAACAACUACCUGUAUUCGCUUUGGUCUUGCAAGGUAAAGGGGCUAUACAGGUCUGGUCUUCUUUUAUGAAAGAAAUGAAGAAAGGGACACAAAAGGAUAUAUUUUAUGCAAGUAAUUCACUUGAAGAUGCUGAACGUGAGAUCAGACUAUUUCAAUCUGCAGUGACAAAUGAUCUAUCAGUCAAAAAGAAUACGAGAAAAUCAACUCAUGUGGGUACCUCCGCUGUGCAAAAAAUGGGAACUCGUACUAACGGUGUAUCCUCCAAAAAGGAUGCAGCUACCAGUACUGCUAGAUCCGCAGCCAAAUCCACUUUGCAGCCUAAUAACAACAACCGUCAACAAGCAAGAAAAAAUGUAGUUGCCUCGUCCCGAAAAGCAUCCGAUGGUGUGACAAACAAAAAGACCAACACCACUACAAACAAUAGUCCUACGGCCACAAACAAAAAAUUGUUGGCACCUAAAGGAGGCGUAUCGAAAAAUACACCUCCUAAAUCAGUCGUGACUGGACGAACGAGAAAGCUUAGCAAAGUAUCUGAAAAGAGUAGACCGGUAGUUCAUUCCGAAAGAGAUCAAGUGACUGAGUCUGUUAUAAAAGAGGCAACUGUUGAGGAAUCAGUUACCAAAGAUGAUAAACAGCAAGAGAUCAACUUGGAAACUGAACAAGAACAAGAAAAACAGGAAUCGGACGGCAUACAAGUCAUCAAAGAGGAAAUAGAACAGGAUGAUAUAGUAUCCAUUCAGCAUGAACCUGUGUCACAUCUAUCUACCUGUUCAAGCGCAGUUUCUUCUGAUGAGCAUGAUGCGGAAGUAGCAGCGGCCACUCGAAUGAUGAAGAAUGAUACAGCCAUAGACGAUUCAUUAGAUCGAUAUUCACCUAUUAAAGGUAGAAGUAGCUCAACUCUUUCUCCUAAUUCAGUUGCGUCCCUUCCUAGACCUGAAACACCAGAAGUCACUGAGCUUAGACUGAAAUUUGAAAAUAUUAUCCAGACAGGCAAUUUAGACAAGAUGAUACAAAGACCUACUUCUAAAAUGUCGAAUGAGUUUAUAUCCCGCAUUAAAGAGAUGAAGCCAAGAGAUCCAACAGGUACAAGAGUUAAAAGUAUGGUAGAGUUCUUUAUGGACGAAAACUUGAACAAGUGGGAGUUUUAA